AUGGAAGAUAUAAAUUCUGUUUGCUUGUUAGAAUGGAGAAAAUUUGAUUGGAAUAUUAUAAAAGAGGAUAUCCAUUCACCAAAAGCCUAUGCUUGGAAAAUAUUUAUUUUAGCUGAAAUAUAUUCACAAUAUGAUACUUUUAUCUACAUGGAUACUUCAAUAGUUAUUGAUGAAGCAAAAUCCCUAAACCCAGUCUUUGAGUGUAUUAAAGAUGGGAAAAUAUCUGAAGCUAUUUUCUUUGGAGCCUCAGGUCAUAGUAUUCAAUUUGCAACUAAUUUUCGGACUUAUUCCUACCUACCUUUGGUAUCUCAAUUAGUUAAAUGGGAUAAUAAAAUGUAUGAAGCUGGUUUUAAUAUAAUGCAUAAAAGUGAAUAUACAAGAAAAUUACUUAAAUGGUAA